AUUUCCAUUGGGUAACGCUGGAAGCUGCAGCCAAUCAUGGAGCUCCUCUCUUCCCUGUCUUUAUUGUGGCAAUGGCCGACAACCUCACUAAGAAGCCCAGGAAGGGCAUACUCAAAAACUCAUCUAGUUUUGAAGGCAACGAGAGACAGAGAGAAAAGGGAACGAAAUGGGACGAGAUGAACAUUCUAGCCACCCUCCAUCCCAAAGACAAAGACUAUGGACACAUGAAAAUUGAGGAGCCAAAGACACCAUUUGCACAAUAUGUAGAUGGCGAUUCAGGAGAUGAACAUGAUGGUAUUGAUGCUGAUCUAUUGGCUAAAAAGAUUCAGCUAGGAGGAAAUGAACUUCCAAAGGCAUUAAUUGAGCCAGAAGAGUCGGAAGAGAGUGAGGAUGAGGACAUUUCACCAGAGGAGAGAGAAAAAAGAAAAAUUUUUGAAAUGAAAAGGAAACAACAUUACAAUGAGUUUUAUGCUGUGAAACUUGCACGAAAGUUAAUGCAAAAUGACGAUGUUGAUGACGAUGAUGAUGAUGAACUAAAAGAGGAGGAUGAGACCGAGAGUAAAGAAGAGAAAGACAGUAAAAUGGAAGAAGUCGAUGAGGAUGGAAAGAAAACUUUGGCAAACCCCGGUGAAAACAUGGCAAUAGGUGAGGAGGAAGCAUCAGGGGACUGAGGGUCUUUUCAUAAUGUAUAAACCGAAUUUGAGUAAAGAAAAAUAAACUCCAGUUGUAGCACUUGCUAGCAUAUUGGACUUCCUAUUGCCAUAGUUGCCAUUACACGUACACCCUGCUCAUACUUGGCCCCGUUCCUUCAAAAGGGUAAUGGCAGAUCAUCAACCAUUUGGUAUAUCAAUUGCAAACCAUUUCAUAAGUCAUUGCAGUAACAGCUACCGGAGUUCCUGACAUUGGAACAGUGAAUCACAAUAACAAACAUGAAAAUAUAUAUUUAUUAUAUGUAGUUGCAGUGAUUUAUGGCAACAUGUUUCAUUGACAGUCAGGGGUAUAUGGCUAUAGCUCUGGUAUUUCCUUCAGUAUUUGGGUGUUAAUUUGAAUUAGGAGAGACAGAAAAGGUAAUGUUUGGUCAUGAUUCUGAGGAUAUAGCUUCACAUUCGGAAGCUCAUAUUUUAGAUGUAUUAGUAUGGGAUACUUGACAGCUCUCUUGGGACAGCUCUCUUGGGAAGCGUGAUUGAAAUCUUGAUACAUCUGAAUACAGGUACUGUCAAUGUGUCAAAAAUGUAAACGGUACUGUAAAAUUGUAACUUAGUUUAUUUUUAAAUAAUCGAGCACUGAUGAUGUAGCCAUCAUAUUGGUGAUAGAUAUAUAAAUAUACUGUGUAUGUUUGUCUUGAAGAUCUCAUAUUGUUAGUAAUCAGACAGCUAUUGAUUUCAGAGAAAACUGUUAUACAAAACUGACAACACUACAGCAACUAAAUGGGUACAUGACAUUGCACUUUUAUUAAUAUUGUAUGUUUAUCUUAAAUAUGAGGCAACUUGGUCCGUCGUUAUUUAAAUAAUCUGUUGUCCUAAUUGUUCAUAAAAUAAUCUGACUAUACAUUAGAGAUUUUUAUUAUUUUUGGAGCCUAAAAAAAGACUUAAUUUUAAAUAUAUGCCAUAAGUCAUGAAUACAAUAGAACUAGUUGAUUAAAUUGUUUGUGAAUGAUUUUAAUCACAAACAAUUUGUAUGGUUGAGAGACGAAUCCUAAAUUCUAAUGACUUGUGCCAUAAACCUGCAAUUAAUGUCAGUUCCCUGCACACAAUGGAAUUUUACAGUUUGGAUUUAUUCAAGACCAGAGUAUGUUUUGUCCAAACACAGACUAAUAUAAAAUCAAAAUGAAGUGUGUUUGUCUAUAGACUGUGUGUAAUAAUUUUUAAGGCUCCUCACUUUCCAAAUGGCUAUUAAUCACCUUUAUAUCCCAGUCUAGCACUAAUACAUUUAUUUCACUUGCUACCAGUAGUGAUUCUGAAUUAAAUAUUUCAUAUCAUAGCUGAUUUUAUUAAAUAAUUUUAUAUAUGAAAUAAACUUGAUUGCUACAUUUUUGUGGGAUAUUUAAUUUAUGAGAAGUUAUAUUGUUGAAUCUUGGCUUAUUUAUUUUUUGUUAACGGAUAUUUUCUGUUUAAUCAAGGAUUGAAACUGCAGUUGCCGUACAUGUAUAUCUAUUAAGUAUAAAUGAUUUUCAUCCUUGGGCAGGAGAUUACGGUGCAGAGAGAUAUGCAAUAAAGUGUUAGCCAGUAAUCUGUUGCUGUUAAAUAUUUAGACUAGGACAAAUGUGUCAUUGUUACCAUUGGUAAAUUUUUGUUUAAAUAAAAUAGUUACUAAAAAAUGAUGACAGCAUCUGAAACCAAGAGUAAUCUCUUUGCAUUUGUGGUAUUUACCACAAUAGGGAUGAAUUAUGCACUUUACACCUCUGGUGGUUAUGGCAUGAACCAUGCUGUAAAGUAUUGUUUAGUGACCCUUGCAAACAACAUUAGCCAGAAACAGAGUAUCGAGUAUAUUUGUUUUUCAGAAUGUAUCUGGAGUAAUAUAGGUCAGAAUAGAUUAUCCUAAAUAUUAGAAUAUGAAUGUGUACAUAUGUCACAAUUAAAGGAUUUGAACUAUAUCGGGGGAACAUGAAUGUGAGGAGUACCAAAUUUUGUACUUUUGUUAACAAUUACAAUUUAGUGGGAACCAUCCCAAAUGUUCAGACUGUGAUUACAUUACAUAUAUCCAGCAGUUGUAACAACAUAGCAGUUAACAUGUGUGCGUGUCAGUGUACCAGCUCAUGUAUAUGGAUGUAUGCAUAUUCACAUUUGUGUUCAUGUGUGAAUGCCAGUGCACAUGCAUGUACAUGUAUUACACAUUCAUAAGCAUAUAAAUUAAAACAAUUUUGACCUUUUAAUCUAAAGACUCGUUAACCCUAGAAUUAUUGAGAAAGAAGAGAGUUCCCAUGCCGUAAAAAAUUUAGAUAAACGGAGUAAAGAAUAUCGAGAUAUAUUUAAAACAAAUGUUAAUAGUAGAGUUUGCAUAAUAAGUCAUGAUGAUAAAAAUAUUUUAGUGAUUUUUAUGUACUUCACUGAGAUGGGAUAGUAACAUUAAAUCAUGGAAUAUACAAGUAUUUAUCUUUCAAGAUAAUAUAAAGACAAUCCUUGAGGUAAUUGUAUGCCAGCAUGGUGUACCAAAUAGCAAAGUAGUAGAAUUUUUAUUUGAAUGUUAAAAUUGAGUGUAAUUCACAGCUUGGUAAGUAAUUCAAUUCCCACUGAAUUCUGAUAGUCCCUGUAAUGUUAUUGAAUAACACAAAAGGUGGUAAUUACAUACCUGUUUUGCAAUAUAAGAGAAUGCCUCUAAAAUUUAUAUGCUGAUUAAUUUAUAAAAUGAACUGGUGGUGGUGAGAGGAUUACAAGUUAAUUAUGAGACAUUAUGUUCUUCGUUUUAAAAACAAAUCUAUUACAUCUUUGUUGAUGUAGCAAAUACAUUAAUUUAAAAAGGCUUAAUGGAUGAGAAAGCAUGCAUAUAUAUAUAUAAAAAUUUAAUUUAAAUUUUAUCAAGGCACAUGGGUGGGUUGUUUUUGGAAUUAUUUAUUUGGCAUGACUUGCAAAGGAAGAUAAAUUACCAUUACAAAAUUUUCACCAUUAACUUGUGAAUAUUCAUUUAAUAUAAAUGGCAUAUAUAAUUUUUGAUUUUGACAUAUGCCAGAAAUAAUUUGAAUAUAAAUAGGAGAAAAUGGCAAAUGGCCAAGUAAAUUAAAAAUGUGCAUUGUAUAAACAUGCAGUGGACCAAAAUUUGUCCAGUUCCCAUCAUGAAAUGCUCAACAUGCAUAUCACGGAAUGGCGAGUGUUGAUGACCUUUAAAAACGCAAAAUUUUUAACUUAAAAUAUCAGCUGACUUAAAGGGUGGCAGUGAUUCCAAUUGUAAAUGAAUGGAAAAGUGUUGUUACUAAUGGUGUUUACAAAUGAACUAAAUGUAAUUUUUUACUUAAACAUACAAUAUGAUAUUAAGGUUCAGAUGAACUUAUCAAAGAAGUGUGUAUGAAAAAUACUAGUUAAAUUAUUUGAUAGUUUUGUUGCUAGUUAAAUUAUUAGAUAAUUUUGUUGACUUCAAUUACACUUAGCAACAUUGUGUAAUGUAUUUAACGCUUUUUGAUACCAUACUUCCUCGGGCAACUUUCCUUACGCCUUGCCUAAAUUUUCUAGAUUGCCCUUAAGCAUUAAAAACGAUUGAACCCUUUUUAAAUAUUUGUAUAAAGGAUUGUGUAUGUUGAUGCAGCUAUCAUAUACAUUAAAGCUGAAAAGUAACAAAUUGCUUAGGUUAACAAAUAUUUUCUUUUAACUUCAGAAAUGUAGUUGAAUGCACUUGUAGCAUUUUUGUUUUUGGUCUUUUCCAAUUGUAAAAUUUAUCAAUGGAUCUUUCAAAAUGGCAUCAAUUGGGUAACUGGAAAUUUCAUUUUAUUUUUAGUCCUGAGAAAAGUACUGAACUGUACGUGUAAAUUUUCGUACACUGAAAAAACCUUGUGAAAAGAAUUGAGGACGGCAUCCAACUAGCACAUUAAAGUGAACAAGUAGAUGACAAAGACAAAGGCCUAAGCACAGGAAAACAAAUUGAAAGGAAACCAACUUUUCCCAUCGAAAAAAUCGAUGGGAAAGCAGUAUUUACUGCAAAUGUUCUGUAAGGUUGAGGAUAUGUACCAGACUACCAAGUGGUGGUGGUGGGUGUAGCCUUGAGAAUAAAUCAUCAAUGAAAAAGCUCAGCCUCUUUACUUAACCUGCAGUAGCACUUCCAAAAGCAACCAAAAUGCAGUUUCUUAUUGAUGGCUUUUCUUUUUUUCUUUUUAUACUAAAGUCUACAAGCAAAUUUUAGACUGCUACAUAGUUUACACAGCAUUGAUUCUUAAGAUGCUAAAUUUAAGAAAAAUAUUCAACCUGCAAUAAGGCCUUAAACUAAUGAUUAACAUUGUUAAACAAAAUUGUAAUGGAUGUUGAGUCAUAAGUUAAUAUUUUAGGAAACUAGUUAUAUCAAAAUUAAGAUCAAAUGGAAAUUAAACAUUGUAAUUAAUGUUUAUGCUUUAGAUUGUCCAUGCAAGCUUGUCCUGUACAUUAAAGUACAGUACAUGCAUGUACAUAACUGUGUAAAUACAUGCAUGGAUGUGCAUAUGUAUAUUUACUUGUGUAAAUGUUUUGUAUGUUUCAAUUGUUCACAUGCUGAAUUGUUUGAAUGCACAUCCUUUAAAGAUAGAGGAAAAAGUGUGUAUGCAUCCAUUUUCAACUUGUAUUCUUUGUAUAUAUCUUUUCCUGUGUAUGAUUGUUUACUUGAAUGUGUCACAGUUAUCGUAGCGAGUUUAGUCACAAAUCAAUAGAAUGUCAGUGACAGCCCUGCAUGUGGAAUAGCAAUGUUAUUAAAUACACUUUUCUAAGAUGCAAAUUUUUUUAAGUGUGAUUUUUACUUGAAGCUGGUAUGUCUUGAUAAAUAUUAUGAGGAAAAUGGUAAGUUUUAUCUGACAUUACACACUAUUUUGUAGCAAGACUUAAUUUAAAGCCUUGUUUAAACUUUCUAGUCCAAGUCAAGUCACACUAGUGCUGUGUUGGUGCUGUUUGUACAUGCAAUUUUCAUGUUGCUGAGCAGUAUGUAAGAUAACUUUUGAAUAAAUAUUUUGGUAAUAAU